AAACAAUAUACUAAGAAGCCAUUAUUUAUUUACCUACCAAGAGUUCAAAAAGAGUGAGGAAAACAAAAGAGACCAAAAAAAGGUACAAAAAAUGGAUAAUUUCCCCAUUGUUAAUAUGGAGAAACUUUAUGGUGAUGAGAGGAAUGUUGUAAUGGAGAAAAUCAAGGAUGCUUGUGAAAAUUGGGGUUUUUUUGAGGUUGUAAACCAUCCUAUAUCUACUCAACUAUUGGACACUGUGGAAAGGAUGACAAAAGAACACUACAAGAAGUGCAUGGAACAGAAGUUCAAGGAGAUGGUGGCACUCAAAGGCCUAGAAAAUACUCAAUCUGAGAUCGAUGACAUAGAUUGGGAAAGCACUUUCUACCUUCGCCAUCACCCCAUCUCCAACAUUACCGAUAUCCCUGAUCUCAAUGACGAAUAUAGGAAGGUGAUGAAGGAAUUUGCAGGAGAAAUAGAGAAGCUAGCAGAACAACUCUUGGACUUGCUAUGCGAGAACCUUGGGUUAGAAAAAGGUUACCUAAAGAAGGCCUUUUAUGGAGCCAAUGGACCAACUUUUGGCACAAAGGUUAGCAACUAUCCACCAUGUCCUAAACCAAACCUCAUCAAGGGACUCCGGGCUCACACCGAUGCCGGUGGCAUCAUCCUCCUCUUCCAAGAUGACAAAGUCAGUGGAUUGCAGCUCCUCAAAGAUGGCCAAUGGAUUGAUGUCCCACCUAUGAAGCACUCCAUUGUCAUUAACUUGGGUGACCAACUUGAGGUCAUAACUAAUGGUAAGUACAAGAGUGUGAUGCACCGGGUGAUAGCACAGACAGAUGGGAAUAGGAUGUCAAUAGCCUCAUUCUACAACCCGGGCAGCGACGCAGUGAUCUACCCGGCGCCGACACUGGUGGAAAAACAGGAGGAGAAGUGUUCAGUGUACCCGAAAUUCGUGUUUGAGGACUACAUGAAACUCUAUGCAGGACUUAAGUUCCAGGAGAAAGAGCCUAGAUUUGAGGCCAUGAAGGCAGUGGAGAGCACAGUGAAUUUUGGUCCUAUAGCAACUGCUUAAUUUACCAAUUAGUUGUCAAUCAAUCCUUUCCUAAUUAAGUUAUAUGUUUACCUAAUAUAUAAUUAUAGGGGUGUUCUUAAAGGUUCAAGAUUAACCUGUUUUAGAAUUUGUUGGGCAUUAUCUGUUCUUCUGUUUAGCAUUAAGAUAUUCUCAAGUGUUGUGUGUGUUUGUUUGUUGUAAAAAGUGACCAAAAGUUAUUUGUGUUUCAAUGAAAAAUUUAAUGUUAUCUUUUAAAUAA